GUGAGCAGAGACUUUGUGUCAGUCUCAGACACCCAGCCAUGAGCAGCCCUGAUGGUGGAUACGCCAGUGACGAUCAGACCCAAGCCAAGUGUCCAGCGACAAUAAUGAUGCCGGGAUUGGGACAGCGACCCUGGACCGAGUCUGUCAAUGUCUUGGGAGAGGGCGAAGUGAAAGCGGAAUCUGCCAACAUGAGGAGCAAAGCGGAGUCUCGGAUCCGCCGACCCAUGAAUGCAUUUAUGGUCUGGGCCAAGGACGAGAGAAAGCGGCUGGCACAGCAGAACCCAGACCUUCACAACGCCGAGCUCAGCAAAAUGCUAGGGAAAGCAUGGAGGGCUUUAACAAUAAAUGAAAAACGUCAGUUUAUAGAGGAAGCAGAGAGACUGAGAGUGCAACAUAUGCAAGACCACCCAAAUUAUAAAUAUAGACCAAGGAGAAGAAAACAGGUCAAGAGGAUGAAAAGAUCUGAAAAUGGAUUUAUGGGCAUAGCAGAACAGUCAGAGCAGACCAGUACUGAUGGGAGGAUGUGUUUGGACACUUUCAGUAUGGGCUAUAACCAAGACCAGUCCUAUUGCCAUUCUCAGAUUGCACAGAGCACCAGUCACUAUAGAGACCACCACUACGACUACAGCUUGCCCACACCGGAAGCGUCACCUCUGGAUUUGGCUGAAGCUGACUCUUUGUUUUUUACAUCUUCUGCCCAAGAAGAGUGUCCCCUGGUGCCCUAUUCAUACAACACCACCUAUUCCCAUCAGCAGAGUCCCUCCAGCCCAAUAACAGUAAGACAAUUGUCCCAGGCAGAACAAAUGGGCCAGGGUAGCGCAAUGAACAAUAUGAUUACGUGCCAACAGCCCCCACAAAUGUAUUAUGGACAAUCAUAUGUAUCAAACAGGCAUCAAAUGGUACUGCCAGGGCACCCCUCACCACCCCCUGAGUCCAUACCCAGAGUGGAGCCUUCCAUGCACCACGUUGACACAUUGGGUGGUGUUGACAAAGCAGAGUUCAAUCAGUACUUGGGUUAUGUAACCAAGGCCGAAGUAGGGAUGCACUAUCAUAGCCAAGACCAGACUGUGUCCCAUACAGAGAAUGGCUUAAUAAGUUCUGUAUUGUCUGAUGCUAGCACUGCAAUGUAUUAUUGUAAUAACUACUCCAAUGCGUAAAACAUUGCUCCCUCCAUCCCUCUUUCAGACAAAUGCCUGUUUAAAUUUCCGAUGUUGGAAAAAGUCCUAUAACUAAUUUUCUAAGUCGUUUUAGACUUCACUCUUUGAGUGUCGGUGGAGUGUGCACUUUCUUUCUCGGUUGUGUUUACCACCCUACGACACACAAAGGGUUUAUUGUUUAAAAAGAAAAAGCCAUGUAAUGAUCUGUGGUCUAAUUUAGUAAUUUAUUACAUAUAGGGGUAGGAAAUAUGACACUCCAACAUUUUAACUCCUAAUUCUCAGGCAGCCGUUUAAAUUGACUGCAAACGGACUAGAUUAAAUGGGGGGGAAACGGCUUUGAUUCUGGGCUUAUUGUGUGUUGUGUACAAGUACACUGGUUCUUGCAUUUUUAUUACAAUUAUUUGUAAAUACUGUUAUUUCCAUUUUUUUUUUUUUUGCACUUUUAAAUAAAUGGAAAAUCCUUUAAGCAUAAUUUAUUA